AUGACUUCUCAGUAUUUGGGGAGUCUCUUGACAGUGAAGGAAUGGAUUGUGUUGGGCCAUAAGGUGUCUAAGAGAGGGCUGGAAGUUGAUCGUGCCAAAGUGGAAGUAAUUGAAAAGCUACCUCUCCCAAUUUCUGUUAAAGGGGUGCGAAGUUUUUUGGGUCAUGUUGGUUUCUACAGGAGAUUCAUCAAGGAUUUCUUUAAGAUUGCAAAACCCAUGUGCAGUCUCCUAGAGAAGGAGAUGAAAUUUGUAUUUGAUGAACAAUGCAUGGGAUUGUUUCCACCAGGUGCAACCACACACCAAAAGAAGAGGCUUAUUUAUGAUGCUCGGUUCUACAUAUGGGAUGAACCUUAUCUCUUCAAGCAAAGGCCGAACAAAAUGAUGAGGAGAUGUGUGCCUGAGUCCGAGAUGAGACAAGUGAUGGAUAGUUGCCACUCGUCUGCAUAUGGGGUCAUCAUGGAGGUGAGCGCACUGUGCAUAAGAGGAUGGGGUCUAUUUCCAGACGACAUGAAAUGCCCUUGCAUAACAUCUUGGAUGUUGAAAUAUUUGUGUCUGGGGAUCGACUUCAUGGGUCCAUUCCCUCUAUCGAAUGGAAAUCAGUACAUACUUGUGGCUGUGGAUUAUGUGUCAAAAUGGGUUGAGGCAGUGGCGUUGCCGACCAAUGAUGCUAAAGUGGUAUUGAAGUUUCUAAAGAAGCACAUCUUCACUCGGUUUGGAACUCCGAGAGCAAUAAUCAGUGAUGGAAGGACAUACUUCAUAAAUCAAUUAGUGAAGAAUAUCUUAGCUAAAUAUGGAGUCAGACACAAGGUACUUACAGCAUACCACCCUCAAACUAGCGGCCAGGUAGAAGUGUCAAACAGGGAAGUGAAGCAGAUUCUACAGAAAACAGUGAAUGCCUAA